AUGUCUCAAAGGAAGAUUUGUCCGUUCUUCCAGGCCGGAAACUGCAGAUACGGAUCGAAAUGCAGAAAUCUCCAUAUCAAAAGUUCGCAAGAAGAUCUCAAAAGCUUUAUUUCACCGGGGUCUUUGAACACAAAGACAGAGGAAAUCAAAAAGAACGUCAAUUCGAUUUUGCCCGAUGUGCGAAACGGUGCGGUUCUCACCUCCUAUAGCUUGGCUCCUCCGGCCAAUGUGAACCUCAUCAGUGGCAGAGACAUGUCGUUUGAAGAGUUGCGGCUACAAUAUUACCAAAACAAAGAUUCGGCAGUGUUUGAGUAUAACUGUCGCAAACAGGAUAUGAUCAAGUGUCUGGAACGCGUCAAGACAGAGGCGUACAAAGGAGCGCGGUAUCUGCAACUCGCUGCAGAGAAGCCGCCCCAGGGUGUGAAAAGCUUCAUUGACUUCCCAAUUGAUAUGAACGCUCAAAGCCAGCCCAACGCUUUUGGAGCACCUCGUCAAAACUCGCCGUUCGGGGCGCCAGCCACAUCAAACGCCUUUGGAGGCGCCAGUAUCUCGAACCCGUUCCAGAGCUCUGCCACUGCCAAACCGAAUCCAUUUGGAGCCAACUCUAUCGCCAACCCUUUCCAAUCCGCAGGGUCCUCAGCUUUUGGCACCGCAUCUAACACAGGCCCAUUUGGACGACAAACUGCGACAGCCCCUGCUAAUCCGUUUGGAUCCUCCUCCACCGCUCCCUCUGCUGGCGCCUCAGCAUUCGGCCAGUCCGGAUUCGGCCAGGCAUCAUCACCAUUUGGCAGCGCAGCUGCCAAGCCCAACCCGUUCGGAAGCGCAAGUACAAACCCAGCACCAAGCCCGUUCGGUGCUACUUCCCAUACAGCGCAGCCGACGUCAGGGUUUGGACAAAGCGGUUUCGGAGCGUUUGGCUCCCAAAAGGUAAGCCCUUUCAACCAGGUAGCCAGCCAGCCUGCUAAGCCGACACCGUUCGGCCAAACAUCGUCGAGCCCCUUUGGUCAGCCAUCAACCACUCCAGCGGCGCCGGCCGGUGCAUUUGGUCAGUCUUCGGGACCGUUUGGACAAUUGGCAUCAAAUUCUAAUUCGUCUACAUUAACUAAUAAUAGUCCGUUUGGACAACCGUUUGGCAAUUCGGCAGCAGCAUCUGAGCCGUUCAAACAGGCAGGGCUCGAAGAACCGCAGACACAACUGGCGGAUCUCCCAGACUCGGUCAUCAACGAGUUUAAGGCCGACAAGUUUACCAUCGGCCAGAUCCCUGACGUUCCACCACCUUUGGAAAUGCGCUAG